AUGCCGGAUUCUGUCGUUCCGCUCCAUGCGGGUCCCCACCUCCCAGCAGAGCUCACCGACCGCAUUGUCGACUUCUUGCACGACGACUGGCGCGCGCUUGUCUCAUGCGUUCUCACCGCCAGCCCCGGCGACUCCUUCUCCCCGCUCGCCCCCUGCACAAAGUUUCACCUCUCGCACACCAUCGACCUCCAGAUCUCUGGCUCCCAUACAGAGCUCCUCGAUUUCCUGAGCACGUUCUCCCCCAGCUCUUCCCUCACCCCUCUCAUCCACUCCAUCCACAUCCGCGGGCCGCCCGUCGGCGAUGGGGAGGCUCCGCGCGCGACGUUCCCCUCGCUGAUUGACUUCAAGCACUUCCCGAACCUCCGUACGCUCGCCCUGUCACACCUUUUCGUCGGGGCCUCCAUGCGCUUCGUGCGCUUCCUGUGCCGCAUUCCUGCGCUAGAAGAUUUAUCGUGCGUGAAUCUUGCGCCGAAACCCCCAACCCCCGGCGGAUACCAUCUGGCCCCCAACGUUGGUCCAGGCGAGACUGAGGCCGCCGCAUUUUGUACGCGGCUGAAGAUAUUGCGCAUCGUCGACGUUGGGCCUGUUGGAGACGGGUUUAACCCGUUUGACGCGUUGUUGGAUCUCCUACAUCACGCCCGAGGCAUAUGGAACGGUGCGACUCCUCAUACAGUUUCCAUCUGUGUCGACAGCCUCACACGCCGUCGUCGGUGGAUGGAGGCGCUGUGUCCGUACAAUGCCAGCCUGCAGGAUAUCGAGGUCACGCUUUGCCAGACGACCGGUUUGGCUGAGACUAGCGCUAGCGGGAACGUGACGUGGGACACGGCGUCAUACGAGUUCCUCGACUCAAUGCCACACCUCUUCUCCCGGCCCUCGCUUCGUCUAUGCUACGAUCCUUGGCGCAGCCUAGAGGCUGACUUGACCACCUCCCAAACGAUCGACGUCUUCCUGGAGCUACUAGCCAAGCUCCUCACGGACUCCGAAUCCCAACAGAGCGCUAAGCACGAUGUAAUGCGCGAAGGGUUCUAUACGGCGCACCGGUCAUUCGAACUGGUACUGAGAGUCCCGUCGGAUGCACGAGCGGACGUAAAGGCCUGGGAAACCCUCUUCAGGUCCUUUAACUCUGGCUCGUACCCCGAGCUCACGCAUGUCAAGAUUACCCUGGAGUUGCUCGGUCGACCGGUGGUGGAGUCCUGGCAGUCACUGACACGCGCGUUACAAGAGCUUUCUGUGGAGGAACACGAGAGGGAGGAUGCGGUGACGACGUAUGCGGACGUUGUAAGACGUGCAUUGGAGGAAGAACGGCCCGCUGAGCAGCGCACAUUCGAAGUGGUCGUGAAGGUCAAGCCGUCCGCAGAGUCCGCCUAAAGUUGUAUUUCCUGUAUUUCGUUAUCUGUUCCUAUAGAAUGAAUCAUAUUCAAGU